UCGACAUAAGCCCACCAGGGGGCGCCUUGGGCCUCAUCCUCGGCACCAUCCCGAGCCAGGCGUCACAUGGACGCUCUUCAAAUAGAAGAGGAACGAGGACCACGGACACUUGUGAGGAACUUCCACACCGAGAGAACUCAUCUACUGUGUCCGGAGCCAGAAAUGGCCUAAUGUGUGCUGUGCCGGAGGUCGUUGGGAAACAUAGACUGCUAUUCUGAGACAACUGUUGUUUGGAUAGUCGGAGAAUAAGUUAUGGAGUUCAACUUGAGUUUGUUUCUCUUGCUCGUAGUCCUGACCAGUGGAACCGGGUCCCUCGGGGCCUCAGCGGACUCUGUGCACGAGGAAGGAAGAAAACAAUCCUAUUUAACUUCAAGUCAAAUAGGUCAAGUCAAGUUUGCGGAUGAGACCAUCUCGGCUGAUUCCUUCUCGAAGCAAGUCCCCAGGAGAAGACCCGUCCGAGGAGCAAAGGACGGGGUCUUUAAAAAGCGUGAACCACCUGUCCUCAAUAACUACAGACAGGCGAGACCUUCCGACCCCCACGGUUAUUUCACCACCCCUCAGGGUCCCCCUCAUGGUCCGCUUCACGGCCCGCCUCACGGUCCACCUCAAGACUCCAGAAACUCCUCUACCAGGGAGACGGUGGUGACCCAGAACCGCCUGUACCCCGUCACCGAGCGCUCCUACGGGGCCUACGCCGUGAUGCUGCUGGCCCUCGUCCUCUUCGCGGUGGGCAUCGUGGGAAACCUGACCUUGAUGUGCACCGUGUGGCACAAUUACUACCUGAAAACGACGUGGAACAGCAUCCUGGCAAGCCUGGCCCUGUGGGACUUCGUGGUGCUGUUCUUCUGCCUGCCUGUGGUGGUGUUCAACGAGCUCACCACCACCCGGCUGAUGGGGGACCUGUCCUGUCGCAUCGUCCCCUAUCUGGAGGUCACCUCCCUGGGCGUGGCAACCUUCAGCCUGUGUGCCCUGAGCAUCGACCGGUUCUACGCCACCACCAACCCCAGGAGGCUCCAGACGUCUGAGGUGGAGCCCUGUCAGUCCAUCCUGGCCAAGCUGUCCGUCAUCUGGGUGGGCUCCAUGGUGCUGGCCACCCCUGAGCUGCUGCUGUGGCAGCUCACUCAGGAACACAUCCCCGGCUCAGCGGCUGCACCCUACAAUGGCCCCUCCAGCUCGGACCCUCAGGACACCCCCACCUCCGUGGCCGCGUCCAAACUGCAGAGCAGCGCUUUCUUGGUGGACAUGUGUGUCCGCCUGCCCUCCACGGAGCUCCCCGAGACCCUGUACUCCCUGGUGCUGACCUACCACGAGGCCCGCAUGUGGUGGUACUUUGGCUGCUACUUCUGCCUGCCGCUGCUCUUCACCCUAGGCUGCACCCUGGUGACGCGCCGCAUCGCCGCACAGCAGCAGCAGCCCCCCCUGGGGGGGCGGGCGCCCGGGGAGCGCUCCCUCACGCCCUGCUCCGGCUCCUCGUCCUCCUCCCUUAAGACUCGCCAGCACCUGAGACGGGAGCGGAGGCACGCGUCGGCGGUGACGGCCUUCGCCGUGGUGUACGCCGUGUGCAACCUGCCGGAGAACGCCUGUAACAUCACCCUGGCCUACGUCCCCGUCCCCAUGAGCCCGGCCCCCAGGGCCCUGCUGGAGCUGGUGGGCCAGCUCCUCCUGUUCGUCCGCAGCGCCGUCACACCGGUGCUGCUGCUGUGUCUGUGCGGCCCGCUGGGCCAGGCCUUCGUCAACUGCUGUUGCUGCUGCUGUGAGGAGUGCCUCAACGACGGGGCCGCCUCCUCGCCGCCCCUCCCCCCAGCCGCCGUCCCCGCUCAUCGCCCCCUCUCCUCGCCCUCGCCCUCCUCCCUGGGCUCCACACCGUCCUCCAAUAAGGACCUGGACAUGCCAUUGCUGACCCCCCUCUCAGAGAAGCAGGAAGCCCCCUGCAAGAGGAAGAUGGAGAGCCCCCCCGCGGUGGCCAAGGUGACCUCCUGCUGA